AUAAAGUAACCGGUUAUUUAUAAAGUAAUCCAUUUUAGUACCGUUUAACGAGAUAUAACUGUUGUUUUAAUAUAGCCGUCAGUGAUCGUGAGAUUAUUUUUUAUAAUAGCUUGCGGCUUUUAGACGAGUAAGAGCAAUUUCAGACUGUUUCGCCAAAUCGCCAUAUUUUUGUUUUCUGAGCAACACUGUCGACGGCCUGAACGUGAUCGAGUCGGUGGGUACUGUUCUUAGAGUAAGUCUCACCCGAAGUUUCAAACUCGUAAAAACGAAGUAAAAGUCGAGAAGUGUUGUUUAAGUCUGUAAGAGUCGAGAAGGAAGUACGUCAGCCAUUUAGUUUCCGCCGUCACGCCGUUGAUACGUUCUCACAUUCCAGUCCGUCCGCCCCGGUCGGCGCCAUUUACGCGUUGUCCGUCAAAUCAUGUGAAAACGUUUCCCCUCUUGGAUCGAAUAUUCGACGAAGGACAUGAUCGAGCCGAACGAACGAUUCGAGCCCCCUUCGAGGGCCGGCUGGGAGAACAGCAGGAAGUUCAGGUACAGCCCCGGCUCGGCGGAAGACGAGAAGGAAAAUGACUCGACCUAUGCUAAGGAGAACCGGUCCGAAGGAGUUGAAAACUCAGCAGACGGCGAAUACGCGAGAGAUAAGAAGCGGAGGCGGAGCAGAUCUUCUUCCAACGACAGCCGAUCUUCGUCCUCAAGCUCAAGGAGCAGCUCCGGCUCCUCCAACUCCAGCUCCUCCAGAGGAAGGAGGCGCUCCAAGAGCCGUUCAAACUCCAGAGACUACACUAGAAAACAAGAUACUUCAGAAUACACAGACAGUAGGAAUGUCAGUCAGCAAGGCGGCUGGUACACCCAACAAGGUUUUCAGCAAGCAGACCAACAGGUUGCGUACCCGAUGCAAUAUUCAGAUACGUCCUACCCUCAGAAUUACAAUUCCCAGGGCUUCAGAGGGCCCUACAAUCCAUACCAAGGGUAUGAUCAAUCAAACUAUUACCAGGAGCAAAAUUUCCAGCAGCCUCCACCGAUGACUCAUGAGUACACCAUGGGUGGUCCUGCAAUACAAGGAGCCAGCUGGGAUAGCAAUGUGGUCUACCCAGACAUGACACAGCCACCACCCCUCAGUGUCAUGCCUACAUCAACUACAGCGUCUUCAGACCAUCUUCCUUCUGCCCAUGGGGACAAAAAGACUGAAGAAGCUAAAAAAGAAGCUGUUGAGCAAGAACUGAUUCAACAGAAACGGACAUUGGCCAAGCAAAGAGAAGAAUACAUUAGAAAGAAGGUAUCACUCACUAGAGAGUUGAGCAGAUUAAAGGAUCAAAAGCGAGAGCUUAUUCAGGAAAACUCCAAAGACAACGAAAGAAUCCUGAGAGAAAAUGCUAAGCUCAGGGGUGAAAUUCAGACUAAGCUCAAGUCAAUUGAUAGUGUUAUCGAAAUGCUGUCAGGCAUUAUUGGUGACAAAGGAAAUCUCUCUGAAGUUGUUGCUGAUAUGUUUAAGAAGGAAAAGAAAUCCGAGAAGAAGAAACGUGGCGAAACGCCUCCUCCGGCUCCAAAGUACAAAGAUCAAGAAAAGGAAAAAUUACAGUCGACAUCGCCGACACCCAACGACAAGUUGGACAGCUAUAAUUUGGUCCACUACGAUCCUGAGUUACACUGGUGUUCAGAAUGCAAUGUAUUUCCACGCACGGUCAUUGAUUAUUUAAAUCAUUUACAUUCCGAAGAACACAAACUUGCAAGAAGUAAAAUCAAGGUGGAGGACAUGCCAUGGCAUGUGGACUAUCCUAGAGAACCAACACCGCUGUUUAUAAAGGAUGUACCAUAUAAAAGGAUACCCAUAAGAGGUGUGCAGUUCCUUGUCCCUUCAAGUGCUUGGUACUGUUCUCUGUGUAAGGAGUGGCUUGGAGAUAUGAUCCUUGCUACAAAGCAUCUGAAAACAAGUGUUCAUGCUAAAAAGUAUGGUGAGUUCACAUCCCAAAAUCCACAUUGGGAAGUGGAUUGGUUAACUGAACGUACAAGGUCGUAUGAAAGAAGUUCUGAUGAGAAGACUCGCAACAGAGAAGACACAGGCAAAAUUGAACCACAACAGCAACAACUACAACAACCACAGCCUCCUUUAAAUAUGGCCUCAUUGGGCAACCAGUUAUUGGCAAUACUGGCUCAGAAUUCAAAAUUUGGACCUCCUCCACCGCCGCCGCCACCACCUCCACCUUUAAUUGAAAACAACAAAAAGAAUUCGUCCUCAGGCUCGUCAGUCGAUUCUGAAGAAGAAAAGCUGCACAAGGAAAAGAAAAAGAAGAAAAAAUCAAAAAAGAAGAAAAAAUCAGACAAAUCUCCCAAGACAAAGAGCAAAAGCAAAAGUUACUCCCCUGGUGUUAAUAAAAGGGUUGAUGCUGCACUGCAAGAGUAUAGCACAGGUCUCUAUGAUGAUAUGGAAAUUUCCAGUGAUCAUUCAAAAUUAAAUAAAGAAGAUCGAACCAAAGGGAAUUCUAUAGGGUAUUAUUACAAUGAUUUCCAAGUUCCUAAUGAUAAAGCUGAUGUAGUUGAAAGGGCUAGACAUGAUCAAGAUGACAAAAGACAGUUCAAGGCUAAAAAUUACUCUGAAGAAGAUGAUACUGCUGAAUAUAAAUUUAUUGAUAGUGAUUCUGAAAACGCCAAGAAUCAGAGAAUGAAUCAAAUAGAUCCAGAUCAAAUUAAACGAGCGUUUCAAGAGACAAAAAUUAUAUUGAAUACAGACCUUCCUUUUGAAUACAAGGAAGUGCCUAAAACUCGCAUGAAGGAAGAAGUCCUAGAAGAAAAAUCGCCAGUAAGGACUUCCAAAUUUCAACAGGACUCAGAUUCUGAGUCUCAGGAUAAAAACUUGGAACAAAAAAGGUCACCGCCAGAAACAAAAUACAGCAAAAAAGAAAGAAAAAAAGAAUCCAAAAGGGAUCGUUAUGAAAGCAAAGGUUAUAAAGAGAAAGAUUAUAAAAGAGACAAGGAUAAAUAUGAAAAAUCCAGAGAUAGAGAUAGGGAACGUGAUAGAGAUCGAGAAAGAGAUCGUGAUCGUGAACGUGAUAGAGAACGUGACCGUGAUCGUGAAUCUCGGGAACGGAAGUCGAAAGAAAAACGAAGUGAGAGGGAAAGGGAAAAAGAUGUUAAAAGGCCACCACCAAGAAGAACCCCUGAGAAAAGGAAAAGGAAAGAGGAUGAAGAUAAUUCAGAGACAACUUUUGAAAAACGGACAGCUGAAAGUGCUGCUAAGAAAAAAGACGGCAAGAAGACUUCUUUCACUAUUCCUAAGACUAAAUUACCUUUUAUUGGAAGGAUGCCCAUCCUUAAGAAAAAGCCUGAGCCAAAACCUGAAGAGCCAGAGGAAAAGAAAGAAAGAUCUCCAACAGCUGAAGAAAUAAAGAAAAAGAAACAACAAGAGCAAAUAAUGGCACGUGUUCAAAAACUGCAAGAUCAACAACAGCUGCAGCAACAACAGGCAUAUCAGAUGAUGUACCAGUUAGCUGGUCAAGCCUAUGCUUUGCAGGCCUUAGAUUCUGGUGAAUAUUACGAAGAAAUGUAUGGACCAGCGUUGCCCCCUACUUCACUCAUAGUAAAACAGCCCCAGCUUGUUAUUCAACCCACCCAGGUAGUAGUGCCGUCAUCUCAGCCUGAAAUAGUAGGUAAGGAGAUCCUUUUCAAACCAAAAACUGGCGAUGACAACUUAUUAGAACAGGAUAUGGAAAUCGAAGAGGAGCAUCCUCCGAAAGACGAACUCCACAAAGAUUUCAAAGAUGCUUUGGAUCUACUUUUCCCUGAAAAUGGGAAACAGAGAGAAAUCAAACCUCCUAAGGUUGAAGUUAAAGAACCCGAACCACCUCCAGGCACAGUACCAUACGAUGUAGCUGUAAUGGCGGGCAAUAUGGGCUAUGAUAUUUCUAUGUACACAGAACAAGGUCAACAACAGCAAUACCAACAAAUGGCUUAUUACAUGCAGCAACAAGCUGCCGCUUACAUGGCUCAAAUGGGAUAUGAUCCAAACACUCAGAGUUAUGUCAUCGAUCCUGCUUAUUUGCAGCAGGCGACAUCUGCAGAAGUAGGGUCUAUACCAACACUUGAAGGAGUUCCACCUCCUUCAAAACAGGAUGAACCUUUGGAAAUCGAUGUAACCAAGUUACCACCGUCAGCACAAGAGAUACAGAAGAAGAAAAACCCACCAUCUCAGAGGAUGAGACGCCAUCUGAAAAAGCUCGCAAUGAAAAGAGCUCAAGAGGGUGGUGAACAAGGUGAGGAUGAAAGUCAGGACAAAGACGAAGACUACGAUGAUGAUAACGAUAAUGAAGAUGGCGAAGAAGAAGAUAACACCAAAGAUCAAGAAGAUGGUAAAGAGAAAGAAGGUAAUGAUAAUAAAAAAGAUGAAAAGAAACAGUUUGUACCCCAAGAAAUGUCAGACCUCGCCCUGCUUGGAAUCGAAGAAGGCGACACAGGAGCCCAGAGUUUUGGAUGAAUCAAAGACACUAUUGUAAAGUAAAUUUUGUAUAAAAUUUGUUUUAAUUUUCUGUUUUGCCAUGUGUUGUGCACUGAUUUAAAUGCUAAAAAUAUAAUAAAAAAUAAUAAAUAAAUAAACCGCAGGAUGUUAUAUCUGUAUAGAUGAUUAAAAUGAGUAUUAAAUGUAUUUUACUUUUA